CAAUUGUGUUCCCAGUCCUCGUCAAAACUCGGCUGUUGUUGCUCGGAGUACGAUCAAGACGACUGCACAGUGGCCGUGUCUGGUCCGGGCAGUGCGCUCCGCGGUGACAGGAGAGCGGAUCCUCUGUUAACCUGGCGCAAACCGCAGCGGAACUUCGCUCCUUUUUCUGCACUUUGACAUCGAUGUUUUUUGGGGGAGAGGAGGAAGGAGCAGGGUUUCGGGUAGACCCCGCUGUGACCAACGCUGGAUUUGUUUUCAAACAUUUUUUCUUCCCUCCACCACCUCGCCUUCAUCUCCAUCUCUCAUCCGGCGGGUUCUUUUCUGGUGUCUAGACCGCCUCGAAGACGAGCAGCUCGGGGAACAGUGAGGACUUGUUGCGCGUCUCCGGGGAGCGCACCAGUCCAGUUUUCAUCCAAGUCGAUACUGUACCUGCGUGCGAUGCUUUGAUUUGAGCGGUGCGACGUGUCUGCGGAGCGGGAAUGGACUGUGGAGAUCAGCUGGGACUAACAGCCUGAAGUCAGCACGGCUCGGUGCUCAGUGACGAUGAGAAUCUGAUCAUAAUUAACGAAAUUGGGGUGAUUGGUUUUCUUCAGUGUGACCGAGCUGCUGCUGCCGCUGCUGCCGCUGCUGCUGCUGCUGCUGCACGGCUGAUGCUUUAGGAGCCUGUUUCUGCUUUAAAUGGCACCCACGCUCAACCGAGGCAAACUUUAUUCGGGUCAGAGCCGACGAGUUGAUUAAUUUCCUUUUUCUUUUUUUAAUUUUUUUUUAAACUUGAAUCGAGCAUUUGCUUCUCAUCGACAUGUCUGAACGAGAUGGAUUUGGAGACGGGCUGUGCAGCGACGGAGCGCCGGACUGCAUCCCGCCUAGAGCGUCCCGCGGCCGGAGGAGCGGAGUCAUCCUCCCCGGUGGCGGCCAGGACACCGACACCAUCCUGCUGGAGUCGGUCAAGGCAGCACCUCGCCGAAGCAGCAUCAUAAAGGAUCCCUCAGUCCAGAAGGUGGGCGGCGGCAGGAAGAAGACCGUGUCCUUCAGCAGUAUGCCGUCAGAGAAGAAGGUGAGCAGCGCCGCAGACUGUCUGGCGUUCAUGCAGGGAGGGUGUGAACUGAAGAAGAUCCGGCCCAACUCCAGGGUUUACUGUCGUUUCUACACGCUGGACCCGGACCUGAGCUGCCUGCGCUGGGAGCCGUCUAAGAAGGACGGCGACCGGGCUCGGCUCGACGUCUCCAGCAUCCGGGAGGUCCGCACCGGGAAGAGCACCGAGACCUUCCUCCAUAACGGCCCUCUGUCUGAACACCUGGCGGAGGAGGCGGCCUUCUCCAUCAUACAUGGGGAUGAGUAUCAGUCUCUGGACUUGGUUGCAUUGUCCGCAGAUGUGGCCAACAUCUGGGUGACAGGCCUUCGCUACCUGCUGGCCCACCCCUCUGUGAUUGGCGGGGCCGGGGGAGGUGGCGGAGGAGUGGGAGUGCUGAGCGAGGGAGGGGGUUUGUCGGUAGAGGGCAGCCUGGGGAGCAAGAUGAGGAGCGAGUGGCUGGCGGCGGAGUUCGCCCAGGUGGACGAAGACGGCUACGGCAUCGUGUCCGAGGACGUGGCGGUCGCCACCAUCUGUAAACUUUGCCCCGGCAUCAAGGAAGCAAAGGUGCGUCUGCGUUUUAAGGAGAUCCAGCGCAGCAAAGAGAAACUGACCUCCCACGUGACGCGCGAGGAGUUCCAGGAGGCGUUCUGCGAGCUCUGCACCCGGCCCGACGUCUACUUCCUGCUGGUGCAGCUCUCCAAGGACCGCGAGUGUCUGGACCCUCAGGACCUCCGCCUCUUCCUGGAGACGGAGCAGGGUUUGUCUCUGGCGACGACCGAGGGCUGCUGGGAGCUGCUGAGGCGCUACGAGCCGUCGGCCCAGGGCAGGGAGAGGGGGCUGCUGGGUCUGGACGGAUUCGCUCGCUACCUGCAGUCGCCCGAGUGUCAGCUGCUCGACCCGGAGCACCUGGGGGUGUGUCAGGACAUGAACCUGCCUCUGUCCCACUACUACGUCAGCACCUCGUACCGCUCCUACCUGCUGGACGACCAGGUCCACGGCCGAGCUGACCUGGGAGGGCUGAUGAAGGCGCUGCAGACCGGCUGUCGCUGCCUGGAGCUGGGGGUGACUGACGGCCCGGAGGGGGAGCCUCUCCUCGGAGUCGACUACGGUCCGGACAUCCCCCGCCACCAUCAUCACCACCACCACCACCACCACCACCACCACGCACCUGUGACCAUCCGCUCGGCUCUGGAGGUGGUCAAUAAGUACGCCUUCCUGACCUCUCAGUACCCGCUCCUGGUCUACCUGUGUCAGCGCUGCUCUCCGGCCCAGCAGCGCACCAUGGCGCAGCACCUGAAGAAAGUGUUCGGCUCCCGCCUUUACACUCCAGAGGCCCUACCUGUCAGCCUGGGGGGGCGAGCGACCACCUUACCCUCCCCCGAGCAGCUGAAGGGACGCAUCCUGCUCGUGGGGAAGAAGCUGCCCCCGGAGCAGAACGGCUCUGAUGGGGAGGUGUCUGAGGAGGAUGAGGAGAUAGGAGGAGGAGGGCCUUUGGCGGGACGGCGAAUGACCAUCCCCGGUGAGGAGGAACUGGGCGUGGUCUUAGUGGUGCCUCCACCCUCUCAACCCCGGAAGCUCCGCCUCCACAAAGAGCUGUCGGACCUGGUGGCGAUCGCUCGGACCGGCAGCCGCAGCUUCUACGCCCAGAGAGCGAGUCACAAACAGGGUCAGCAGCAGUCGCCCCCCAGCAGUCCCUCCUCCCCCAGCACGCCGAUGCCUCCCGAGCUGCCUUACUGGACACUGUGCUCCCUGGGCGAGGGAGAGGCCGGGCGGCUGACCAGCGAGAGCCCAGAGGACCUCGUCAUGUUCACCAAGCGCACCCUAACCAGGGUGCGACCCAGCUCUGUGCGCCUGGACUCCAGUAACCCGAAUCCACAAGGAUACUGGAAAGGAGGGGUCCAGCUCGUGGCCUUGAACCAGCAGACCCCCGGCGCCAUGCUGGACCUUCACCGAGGGCGUUUCUCGCAGAACGGAGGGUGUGGUUACGUUCUCCGACCCGCUGUGAUGAGGGACGAGGUGUCGUAUUUCAGUGCCCACACACAGGGGUGUGUGCCAGGAGUCCCGCCGCAGACGCUGCGCAUCAAGGUUAUCAGUGCCCAUAACCUGCCCAAGCCUCAGGGAUCGGGGGCCAAGGGCGAGGUCAUUGACCCGUAUGUGGUUCUGGAGCUGCACGGUGUCCCAGCUGACUGCGCCGAACAGCGGACGCGCACCGCGGCUCAGAACCAGGACGACCCGCUGUUCGACGAGACCUUUGAGUUUCAAGUGAACAUGCCGGAGCUGGCCUUGCUGCGCUUCGUGGUGUUGGAUGACGACUACAUCGGAGACGACUUCAUCGGCCAGUACAGCGUGGCCUUUGAGUGCCUUCAGCCCGGCUACCGUAAUGUGCCCCUGCUGGGCCUGGCGGGAGACCCCUUACCCCACACCAGCCUGUUCGUCCACGUGGCGGUCACCAACAGGCGAGGAGGCGGGAAGGCCCAGCGACGAGGCCUGUCGGUGAGGAGGGUGGGGAGGCGGGGGCGGGAGUACGUCACGCUGAGGCACACCGGCAUCAAGGUGGUGGAUGAGAGCUUCAAACCGGCCAGCGCCCCCCUGAAGGAGGCGACAGACCUGCGGGAGGAUGCUCAGAGCACCACCGCCAGUUUCAAAGAGCAGUGUGGGCUCCCCACGGUGGCCAAACUCAAGCAGUGCAUCCAGAGCCUGGCCACCAGGCUGCAGAGCCCCGAGGGCACCAUGGGGGCCAGUAUGGUGCUGAAGGACGGCUACCCGUGUCUGGAGGCUCUGGUCAACCUGUCCGAGCCGACACGCAAACUGCUCGCCGCCUACGACACGAUGAUCGCCGCCCAGAAACAGCUGAUCGAGAACGCAGAUGCCGUUCAGGAGAGGAUCGCCCAGGUGCAGAGAGAAGGCAUGGACUUCCACGAGGACCUCUCUCGGCACGGCGAGAAGGAGGGACUGAAGGGACGCAAGCUCAGCAAAGCUGUGGAGAGUUUCACCUGGAACAUCACUGUCCUCAAGGGUCAGAGCGACCUGUUACGGGGAGCUAAGAUGGACUCCCUGGAUGCCCUGAGGCAGCUGGCUCUGGCCUGUGAAGCCUGUGGAUUCACCUCCUCCUCCUCGUCCACCAACUCCUCGUCCUCCGCCUUCUCCGCCGCCGAGCUGCACUACUCCUCCCACCCGCUGUCCGUCCGCCGCAGCAGCACACACGGCAACGGACGCAUUUGACAUCCCACCCGCCCGCCCUCCUCCACCCCCCCCCACCCCCACCCCCCGGGUCCAGCACGCUGCCAAAGAUGAAAAGGGAGUGGACAGAGUAAUUACAGAGGAUAACAGAGAUGAGGAGAUAUGAGAGUGAGACAGUGUGGGGGUGAAAGGCACCAGAGGAGGCAGAGGAGUCUCAUUCUGGCAGAGUGUAUCCCUUUAUUCAGUGCAGUGUCUAGACUAGCCUGGACCAGAGCAGUAUAUCUGUUAAAGCCUUACGGUGAGUUCAUCAGUUUAUCACUGAGGGUCCAGCCUGCAGAGAAACUUUUCAUGAAUGUCGUAACUCUGUUCUGGGAAAAGCGAGGAGCGACGCUCCACUCGGGUCCUUGAACUUGUGGCAGCUCCUCCUGCUUAAUUUUCCGAAAGUAAUGUACGUGACUCAACGUUGUAACUCAGCAGGUUUCCCUCAUUAGAGAGGAGAUCACAGACACCUGAAUAAUUUGUGAUAAUGGGGCUGUCGCCGAGCUGAUGUUCACAGCCCGGUGGUGUUUUAGAGGUGGGGAGGAGAGGAUGUAGAGCUGAUGGGACAGUUAUUAUUCUGCCUCAGCAUCUCAGCUCGUCCCUUGGGAAGAUAACAAGUGUGUGUGUGUGUGUGUGUGUGUGUGUGUGUGUGUGUGUGUGUGUGUGUGUGUGUGUGUGUGUGUGUGUGUGUGUGCAAUGCUGCAAAUGGUGGAAAGGGAAAUGUGCUAUAAGAGAUUGUGACCCACAAAAAACCCCCCCCAAAAAAAACAUACUUUUUUAAAACUCUUUGUUUUAGAUUUAACUGCAGCUAAUGGAACUAAACUUUUACGUUAACUUAAUGUAAAAAAUAAACAGUCCUCCUGGAACUAAAGGAGUAGACAAAGCUUUUAAUUAACUUAGGACAACAGCUUUACAGGAAAUGAUUGACAGUUCUCAACACCAGAUGAAUUGGCUGAACGCGGCCUUCAAACUUGGAAAAAGUUUCUGAAGGAAUUUGAGGCAAAGAAGUAGAAAAAUAUCAAGUUCUUAAUGAGGUUUGGGAGCUUGGAGAACGUGGAAAGUCCAACGCAUUGAAUUAUUUGUCUGAUUUAUCUAAUUAACUGUGUCAGCUCUCUUGGUGGAUAUUUCCAGAUUUCAGUUUCAUAACAAAAACUAAGGCUCCUGAGCAGCUUCCUGGUUGUUUGAGGCCUCUGCACUCGAAUAACGUCACCGAUUAAUUGCAUCAGAUUUUGAGAAUAUGCAUCGUUUCUUAACUUUAACUAGAGCACAUAAAAAUCCUCUUGCACCUCUGAGUGUGCACACGUUUCCUCCUCUAACUGCUAUAGUCAUGUACUGUGUGAAACACUGACACACACACACACACACACACACACACACACACACACACACACACAGGUCCUUGUUAUCUCCCCUCUGAUUGCCUGUGAGCCUGUCAUGUUCACUUGGGGAGGGGACGGCUGAAACGCGAGGUGUAGUGGAGAGGAGACGCGGUAAUUGGAGAAGUUGUGGAUGUGUGUUGAUACUGCACGUCUGCUGUAGUACAUGUGUGGAUCACAUAACCUCCUCGCUGUACCGACAUGCGGGGUAAUGAACGCUUUGAGUCUGUAUAUGUGUGUGUGUGUGUGUGUGUGUGUGUGUGUGGGAACAACAGAUUCCUGCAGCCUUGAUGAUGAAGUUCACUGUAUUGAUGUAGCAAUAAUAAUAGUGGUGAGUCACAACAAAGUCAGUGAGGCUGUGUAACCCAGUGUGUGCUGACUGAAGGACUGAAAACAACGUAACUAACUUAAUAACUCAGUGAUGCUUAGAAACGUUAUUUGAAAAACUACAAAAAUGGUGUCCCAGCAGGUGCUACUGAUCACAACUCAUAAUUGUUGCUUACCUGUCAGUGAUGGCUUUCCUCUCAGCCUUUUUGAGGGUGACUGCGUGUUUCUUCUUUAACACAGGAAAACACCUGAUGCUUCUUUCUCCUUCUAACUGAGCUUUUGCGCUCGUAUUUCUUGUGGCUCGUGUUUCUGCAUUUGAAACAGACUUGACACAGGACUGAGAUCACCAGACUAGAGAAAUCUACGGUGGCCCUGAGAGCUCAAAGCGCUGACACUUAGGAAAACACAUGCAAAGACACAAACGCGCUGCAAAAUUCAGUCCUACAACACAUCUCACUGUUGCUAUCAGAAUUACAUAAAUAAGUGAAUAACUUAAAAAGAAGGAAGUGAUGAACCUGCUGGGACACACAACGCUUUUAACUUCAAAAGUCACAGUUGAUCAACAAAGUCCCAGCAGGGUUCAUCACUUUUUAGUGUCCCCUGGAAACGCCUACGUUGUGUUGUAGGACUGAAUUUGUAAUGCGUUUUUUAAAUUUUAUUUGCAUGUGUUGUGUGAUUUUUUUUUUAUCGCAGCGCACGUGUUAUCAAAUUGAUGAAGAUGUUUUCUGAAUUUGCAGCGUGUUUGUGUGUUUUGUUAAGUCGCAGUGUUUUGAGCUCUCAGGGCCACCGUAGAAACACCUCCGUCAGUGUGAUCACACGUCACUAUUUCUCCAGUGUUGGUGAUUUUCAUGCUUUAGUUGAAGAAUUACAUUUUGUAAAAUACAAGAGAUACAAGGUUUGAUGUCAUUGAAAAAAAUAAAAAUAAAGAGCAAGUAAGUUGUAUUUGUAAUCUGGUGCACCACAGGAACUAUUUAACUGGCUGACACAUUUAAUUCCACUUCAUCUGCUGCAGGCGACGACGCAAAGUGUUUGAACAAAGCAAGUCGAGGGGGGAGCUUUCUGAAAAUGAGACAUUUUGAAUGUUCAUGCUGCCCUUUUGAGGGGGGCGGGAGGGCGGAGCGAUCGGAGACGAGGAUCACAGCUAAAUGGCAUUUUGCGGCAGACAGGAUGUAAUGAGGAGCCCUGAAACACAGGCGGUGACUCUGGGGUUUGAUAACUUGCGCUUGUGCAGGACUACUGUUUGUUCUGAAUGACAUCCCACAUUUUUAUACACACUUUUUAUUGCCUUUCAUUCACACACCACAUUCCUUUCUUUCUGUAAUAACAUUAACCUCCACCUUCCUCCAUCCUGGUGUUCCUGCUGCUCCUCUGGAGGCUCCAGGUGGGGAGCGCCCGAGCUGAUGGCACUGAGUCACAGCCACAGGAGGAGGCUAACCUGAUAACAUUUCCAUGUGUGUGUUUGUUUGUGUGUGUGUGGGUGUGUGUGAGAGAGAGAGAGAGAGAGUGAGAGAGAAGGCAUAUGCUUCUAAAAGUAGAAGACAUAUUGGAGAGAGAGAGAGAGCAAAGGUUGAAGGAUAGAAGAAGAAGAGAGUGAUAUUGGAUUAACUUUUGGUUACAUGUGUGGUUGGGUGAGCACACCUGCAGAGCUUCAUAAUUGGCUGUGAGCAAUAGACAGAGUGACAGCACCUGCUGUUUGGGUCUAUUAAUAACGUUGUGACUCACGGGAGGCUUUGGGAUGUGUGUAUCUGCUGGUGCGCUUGUGUCUGUCAUGAUACCACGCUGCCCUAAUUCCUGGCCCGAUGAUGCAAACCGGUUCUCCUGCUCACACAGUCAUUGCCAAAACUACUUGCCAUAUUUCCUCUUAAAUGCGCCGAAGCAGACGGGGGCUUCAGGAUCUUUGUUCUGUUUUGUUUUUUGGAAGUGCUCCACUGCCCCCGAGAGACGUGCUCAGUAAUCUAAAAACUACAGAUUUCAUAAGAUCAUAAGAUCUGCUUACCUGCAGGGAGGAUGCCUCCGCAUUAAUGAUGCAUCAGCUCCAGUAAAACAAACCACGGUGUUAGCUUUCUGUGUUCCGGUUUACACGCCUGCUAUGACAUGGGAAAUGCAAGUGGGUCAAAGAGCGAGCAGGCGAUGUGGGAUUUACUUUACCUGAGGACAUGUGCAAAGAUGGUGGUCACAGGGUUUAUCUUUGUGGGUGAACAUGGGUCAGGUUUCAGUAAUUAGGUCACCUCUGGUUAAAGUUGAAGCUCGUCCUCAGAAUAAUUCAUCAGGCAUAUACUGUAUUUACAUGACAUCGACAUGUGAUCACAGAGAAAAAAAAUGGCAGCUCGUUAUUUAAGUGGAGACCGACCUUUGCAGUGUGUGUCAGGAAGAUACAGCACCUGAGCCACCACACGUGUAGCUGGAUGAUCCAUGAGGACCAUACCUGUGUUUUUGCAUGAUUUAACCCACUUACUUUGAAUCGGUUACUGUAGACGUGCAAUAGAAGAAACACACCAUUGUAUCUGAAAAUGUAUAGACUGAAUGUGCUUUUAUACCUUCCAGGCAGCUAUUGGUUUCAGUUAAUGUCAGUGUUGUAGGGAAGUCCGCCUGCGGAGACUUGCUUGGGAUAAAUCCAUUUCAGUGAACAUCCUGCGUUGGUUUUAUUUUUAUUCAGGAAGUUACAAUAUCAUAUUGUGACGAUGCAAAUGAAGACGCAGAUGGACCUGCAGCUGAAUUUUUGUGAUAAACACUUCCCUUUUUAAAAGCCUUUUUAAUGCAAGAAGCUACCGAGCUCACAUUAUCCUUCUCACUGUGUAUGUUUUUUUUGCUUAUUAUUUGUUGUCUGGGGUUUGGAUUUCUGACAAUGGAGCUCAUCAGUGCGACGCUGUAAAGUAGAACCAACUCUGUCUGAGCUUCCCAGCAGCUCAACAUUUCCCCCCACAGCAGCAGAUUUUACAGCACAAUGAUAAUAUAACUUUUAUAAGAAUAAAACUGUGCGUGAUGUUCACAGCGAUGGAUCACCCGUCUCAAGAAAGCUUCAAGUCCCUAAAUGUUGCAACAGUCAGCAGCGGUUUGUGGAAAAUGAACUGAACUUGCAGAAACACCAGUAUGACCCUUUAAACAUUUAGACAUAAAUAAACAUUUUAGGUACAAAGCUUUUUUCCUUUCCUCUCCGCGCCUCUCUCACACUCUGCUUCAUAUGUCACUGCACUUUGCUUCUUCAAGACACUUUACCUGAUGAUAUGUUCAUUUUGCAGUACUGAAAAAUGUCGUGUUUACCUCUGCAGAAGGCACUGCGGUCAGCCACUCACUUACAGUGCUUUACUAUGAUGUUCAGUAUAUCGUAUCUCAUUUGUAGCCCAAUGCUGCGCCCUGAUCUCUGAAGUGUGGACUGAGCUACUUCCCUUUAUGCCCUUUAAAGUGGGACAGAUCUGAUCAAUGUUCCUCACUGUGAUUGCAUUUUCAGUUCGGAGUGUGAAGGAUGAGGAUGAGUGGGAGACUGAUCCACGCUCGUGAGCAGGGUGUCGCAUUGAGGUUGCACUGUAUCUCUGUUACCCACAUGUCUUAACCUAGAGCUGUAUCUCUCUGUGCUCUUCAGUGUGUGUGUGUGUGUGUGUGUGAUGUUACUUAACUUCGCAGUGAUCAAUUAGUGCUUAACAUUCAUUUGAAUAAUUGGAGAGUUGUUUAUACCUGCCAUAGUGAUGUGGGCAAAGUUGUGUCUUUGGAAAUGUGUAAAGGUAUUUUAGGUUUCUAUAUUACCCGUGGCAUCUGCAGUGUCUGUGUUGGCCUGUGUCUACACCGCUGACCUUUAAUCCAGUGUUGUUUCCUCAACUGUUCUGACAGUCACUGUAUGUUUUUGUAAAAUACAAAAGAAAAAAAAAAGACCAGAGGAAGAAAAAUAUUUAUUGAAGUGUGUUUUAAAAACCAUAAAUAAAUAUAAUUAAUUAAAUGGACCUUGCUUUUAUUUUGAAAAGCUACUGUGUUUUCUAUCUUACAAGUAAUCAAAUAUAACAAGAGUAUGUAUCCCAGACUAAAUAAAGUUAUCUUUUCCUGACCAAA